UCAUUUUCAUUUAUCACUCAUGGUGCAGUUUUGUAUUUAUAAUUUUCUUUUUGUAUAAUUUAUGAAUUUAUGAGUGAUUUGGUGCUCCAUAAAACCACAAGUACAGAAAAUGAAACUGCAAAUGCGAACAGUCAUUUUAAUGAACAAGAAGACUCUAAUACUGCCACUGAUAUGGAUUUGGUCAAACAAAAAGAAACAGUUAAGCCGGGACCGUUAAAAAUAGCUGCAAACAGUACUUUAUUAUGUAUCGAUAUUGAAAAUAGUCAAGAGGAACCAGCUGAUGAUAAUGCAGAUGAUAGAUUAGUAGCCGUGCCGGAGCUAAAGUUGCAUGUGACGAGCCAGAGGGCCAAGAGGCGAAAGUAUACAAUACUGGGCGUGUAUGAUUACUUGUUUGGGCCUCCGCAACGCCAACCUCCGGAUUACUCGAGGUACACAAGCCAGCUGUGGCGUCAGCAACAGCCAGUGCCGCAGCCACAGCAAACAAUAUGGACUCAGUAUGGUCCAGGUUCAGGAUAUUAUCAUCGAGGACAAAAUGCAAACCACGGUGAAAAUCCAAACCAAGGUCAAUAUCCGAAUCAAGGUAACCCAUACCCUCACGGUGACGGUGGGUACCAAGGAGCAUUUGGGUAUGAUGGAGGAGGGCCUCUGCUUUACGAUCCUGGAUCUCGUAACUCUUUCGUUCGUCUUGUAAUGGGACUGGUGCUGUUAAUGUUACUUGCCACUGCUGCUUUCCUUGCAAUCGUUUUGACGAUACCCGAAGUGAAGGACUUUUUCGAAAGGUGUGGAUGGCUUAUACUUUUUCCAGCAAUGGUAGUCCUGAUUAUAGUGAAUUGUGCUAUGAUGUGUUCACCAUGCGCGAGACGUCCUCCCUGUAACUUCGUUUGCUUGGCUUUGGCGACAGCUUCAAUGAGUGUAUUCGCAGCGAGAGUAACAUGUCAUUAUCGAACUGAAAUUAUAUUGUAUGCAGUAAUUGCUACUACCACAGUUGUAUUGGUUUGCGUUCUUCUGGCUUUUUCAAGUUUUGAUUUCACAAGCUACAUGCUGUAUAUAAUCGCAAUUGCUACAGCCUUUUCUGUGCUUGCCAUAAUAGUACUUGUCACGCUGGUGCUAACGGGCACUUUUAUGAAGCCUGUGAUCAUUGUUGUAUUGUCGGUAGGGACUUUUAUACAAAUUGUGAUGGAACUCAAAAAUUUCAAUAAAGGCGGUGUCUGCAAAAUCAUCGAAAAUUAUUAUGACCACACCGAUUCUGAUUGACAUCACUUCUGACUGAAAAGCAGGAAAAUUGGCAGUGAACGAAAUUUCGGCGUUCCAAAGAAAUUUAAUGUUGAAUGGAAAUUAAAAAAAAAAAACUGUACUUUAUUUUAAAAUUAUGGUUUUAAUAAAAGAUUCGAAUGAA